AUGCAGCGUGAGUCACUCGGCUUCCAAGAUUUAGUUCCGGAUGAACGGAAUCAGCAGCCGCAGCUGCAGCCCAGAAAUGCAGACACUUUUUCGAAGCCAAGGCGGCCCCUGACCGAGGACGAGGUGUUACGGCUUGCGCAACGCUACUUUAUCUCCCCAGCGGUUGCGAAGGAGGCGUAUGAGGUUUUUGGGCGUUACACUGCGAUGGAAGAGCAACGGCGAGGACGCAUGAAUAGUUCCACGAUGCCUUACGGCAGAUUAACGUUGACGGCCACAAAACUGCCUAUGAUGGCUCUGCCGGAGGUUACGGAACGCUGCUUGUCGGGUAACUUGGAAGUUCCAGAAGAAAAGGACUCUGCUGUUGCGAAGGAGAAGGAGAAGAAAGGCGGAGGUGAGGACGAUGGAGUAACAGCGUGGGAACCAGACACGGUAAGCAUGAAGAGUACGCUUUGCGGUGAAGUGAAGGGACAGCAGCAGCAGCAGCAGCAGCAGCACCAGCAGAAGAAAGAAGAGGAGGAUAAGAGGGAGGGAGCACAAAACAACGAGUCCGAAAAGGAAUCAAAAGAGGUGAUGGAGGAGACAUUAGGAAUCGAGGGGCUGCAGCAGUUCUUCAACGACUUGGGAAUACGCAUGUCGGCGCUGGAGGUGUCGGACAUGGUGCACGACCUUAAUGAUGAGCCUAUCGAUUAUGUCCUGCGGCUGCGCGCGAUGGAAGCGGCGGCGGCAGAGUCGCAGGCUGUAGCGGCAGGAAGUUCUUCGGCUGGGCAGGGUCAGACGAGGAGGUCCCCGUUGUCAUCCAAAGCCGGGUCAAGUCGUCGAAGGGGCAACUCGAAAGUGGAUUUGAGUAGUGGUAAAGAAACGAAGCUUUCAGCACCUCUAGUCAAGGAUUCUUCGAUGGAGGGUGUAACGUUCUCUCAAUUUCUCUUUAUUCUCUCUCACAUACGGUUAGAGAGGGAAGAGAGUGCGGAGAUGAAAGAAUGUGAAAUGCGUGAUCUAUUCCAUCUCUUGGAUACGGAUGGGGAUGGAGCCAUCACGGUGAGGGACAUACAGACGGUCGUACAACGUUUGAUAGAUGAGGAGGUUUUAGCGGAUGAUCGUGACAUUCAACAACUCUCAGAGAUGAAUACAAUUGAGCUUGAGGCAGCACUGAUGGAGUGUGACGUGGAUGACGAUGGUUAUUUUACACUGGAGGACAUGUAUGGUGUUUUGCAGCCAUAA